AUGGUCUCUGCUUCGGUCAGUGCCUAUACUGCGCCUUCACUUAUGGCUGUUUGUCUUCUUACUGAUUACUGGAUAUAUGGAAAACAAACACGAUUAUCAUCAACUACAAUAACAAAAGCAGGCGAUAUGCGAGUUUUAAAUUUUACGUAUCACCGAAUUGGUCUUUGGCGCGAAUGUAUGAAGGAAGUUUAUAAUGCUUCAUAUAAUUGUGAUGUUGUUAGGUAUUCUAAAGCUGAAGCAAAAAUGGAAAAAGGUUUUAAAGCUGUAUCAUAUCGAUCAGCACCAAGUAUGGCCUGUUUUACAGCUGCGUCUGCUCUUUUAGUCAUUGCUAUAUUUUUAUUUUCACGUGGUCUUUGCAAACGACGUCGAAAAGCUGUUUUCUUUAUCUCAGGACUUUUAUUUUCUAUCUCAGGCUUGCUCACGAUGGUUGGUGUUACAUUAUACGUUUCAAUUACAACUGAAGAAUCGGUUAAAAUCGAUCAAGAUUAUCCGGUGAUGCAAUGUUUCUAUGGAUUUUCAUUUCUUUGUGCUGUUUUAUCAUUUGUUCUACAAGAAUUAACUGGUGUUUUAACUGUAUAUUGGUUUAUAUAUCGUUUUCGUGCACUUGUACGUAAACAAGAAAAAUUACGCGAACGUACUCGUCGAUUAAUGGGAACUUGUUUAUCAAUGACAACAGCUUUAACAUUAAAUCCUGUUUCAUUUGAUGCAAAUAAUAACAAUAAUAAUAGAAAACCAAUGGCUAGUCGUUCGAAUAAUCAAAUAAAUCAAUUAAAUUAUUCGAAUUCCAAUGAUCCUCGUUAUCAAUAUAUGAAUAGUGAUACACCAAAUUCUUUAGUACAUAAACAACAAACACGACGUUUACCAUUUGAUAAAUCUACACCAUCAUUAUAUAAAUAUGUUGAUAAAACUUCUUCUCCAUCAUUUCCACCACGAUCACCGACACUUCUCUAUGGAGAUUAUUGUCGUGUUUUGAUUCGUGCUGAAGAUAUGGAUUUACUAACAAAAAUGGUUAAAUCGAGAUCCCAAGCACAUUUAAUAGCUAAUUCAAGACCUACAACACCAGCAACAACAAUGUCAAAUGUCAAAAUUUUACGUAAUUCGCAUACACAACGACAAAUAACUGAGAAUACAACGAGGCGAAGCACUCGAAAAGGCGUUAAGCGGACUACAUCUGUUUAA